AUGACGGAAAAUCCAAUUCUACACGUUUUGGUUGUGGGAUUCCAUCAUAAAAAAGGAUGUCAGGUGGAAUAUGCAUAUCCACCAUUUACUGAAGAUACAACUGGUGAUUCUACUGAAUGCCCAUCUGUUUGGAAGCAUUUGCCAUACUUAGCACUACCUGAUGGAUCGCAUAAUUUUGAUGAAGAUACUGCAUACUUUCAUUUACCUAGUUUACAAGAUUCUAAUGAAACAAUAUAUGGAAUUUCAUGUUACAGACAAAUACCAUUAGAAAAAAUUAUUAAUCGAACUCCUGAUAUGACAAGAAGUACAAUCCAAAAGUCAGUAUGUGUUCUUAGUACAUUACCGUUGUACGGACAUAUUCAAGUUAAAAUGUCCCUCAUUACACAUGCAUAUUUUGAAGAAGGUGAUUUCAGUAAAAUAUCACUUUUACAUGAUACUUAUCAUCACCUCAAUGCCUGUUUAUCUACUAUUGAUAAUAUUAGCACUAGUCCUCAUCUUUUUGUUGGCCUAUCUGCAGUUGAACUUGUAACAAGAUUUAGACAUAAAGUCUUAUUGUUAUUUAAACUGAUUUUGUUAGAAAGAAAAGUACUAUUUUUCUACUCCCCUGUUCGUCCACUAUGUUCUACAAUAUUGACUUUAUUAUCUCUUCACCCAGGUCUCAUUGAAAAUGGGCUAAAUAAGUCAGCAAAUAUUAAUCUUACUCAAACUACUACUACUACAGAACAAAACAAAGUUGUUCUUUCAAAUGUAAUCCCUGAAUUGGAUAAUAAUGAUCUUGGUACAGUAUGUCAAAAAUCAAUUGAAACUGUUGAUGAAGAAAUAGUUCAAAAUAAUACCUUUACUUCAAACAUUCCUAGAGAUCCUAGUAUUGAUUCCUUAGAUGAGGCUGCUAUGCAAUACAACAUGAUUAGUAUUGCCCAAAUCAAUUCUGAAGAAUGUGGAGUUCCUAUGUCUAUUUUUGAUAAUGGUAAUUUAUGCCAGCCAUAUUCUUGUCUGUCCUAUAUGGACAUUUUAACAGACCCCAAUGUUAGAGGAUAUGUAAUUGGAGCUUCAAAUAUAUUGUUCAAACAAAAAAAAAAUUUAGCUGAUGUCAUCAUUGAGAUUGAUGAAGGCAAAGUGGAAAUAGAAAAUAUUGAACUUAAGCGGCAUUUACAUUUAUCUACAGAAGACCUUCGUUUUGCAGAUUAUCUAGUUAGACAUGUUGUUCAACCAGAAAAAGAAGAUGUAUUUCUAGAUGGAGUUGGGUGGGAAGGUGGAGAUGAAUGGAUACGAGCUCAAUUUAAAGCAUAUUUAUUAUCAUUACUAAGAACUUCAUUAUUAAGUGAAGGUGCUCCUGAAUUGAAUCACUUUAAUCCAGUUUUUAUAUCUGCUUGGCAACAAACCAAAAACUACCAAAUUUGGUUAAACCAAGAGCACCAAGCAAUUAUGGCUCUUGAACCUUGUCAUCCAUUUGCUGGUCAAUUGUCAGUAGCUGAUAUGAAACUGAGAAUAUCACAUACUAUGGAGAGCAGUAGAAGUGGUCGAAAGUUAAACCAAGCUGUCCAAAAUACUAGUAGAGCAGUUGCAUCAACUGGCAAAGUUGUUGGAGGUGCUAUUUCUCAAGCUAGAGGUGCAGUAACCAGUUGGUGGAGUAAUUUAACUACAGCUCAAGAUUUAGAAGAUGAAAAAAAUGCGCCUGUUGUUCAAGAUAUUUAAUUGACACCAAAUUACUCUUACACUACCAUUUCUCUUGGAUUUAUUCAGUUAUACCAUUUUAUAUUUUAUAUUUAUAUUUUUAUUUUUUUCUAUUUAUUGUAUGAUUGAAUCUUUAUUUAGAUUAAGUAAAUUAUUUAAAACCUAUUUAUAUGUGUUAAUUAUGAACCUAGAGUAUAUGAGUUUGAGUAUAAUAUUCUAUGGAAUAUAAACAGUAAAAUGAAUAAGUAAAUUAUUAAAAAUAACAUAUUUGCACAUUUCUUUAAUCUUAAUUUUCAUUAAUAUUUGUGUUUAUUUAAAAUUCCCAUUACUCUUAAAAUGUUAUCUCAACUUUAUAUGACAUCACUCUAGGUUCAUUUUUGAAAAAAAAAACAUGUAUAUGACACUAUGUCGCAUAAAUGUUCCAGGUAUAACUGGACCAAUCAUAUUGACAGUUUUGUUUAUUUUAUAAUAGUUGUAAUUUAAAAUUAUUGUUAUUUUGAAACUUACUGUUUAAUAUUUAUAGCCAAUAUCUAUUUAUAUCCAAAAUACUAUACCUACAACAUUUUUGGUAUGCAUAAUUUAAUAUAAAUUAUAUCUUUCAAU